GUUGCCACCGUAUCGUCGAAAAGGACGAUACAAAGGAAGUGUAAAAGAAUGUGAGCCUAUGGUUUAUAUGCAAACUAGCGAUUGCGAUUACCUCACUAGUGGACGGCCACCUUGUUGAUGUGUAAUAGCGAAAAACAUAAGUGAAAACUUUUACCACAUUUCCUACAGGCUGGUUAGUUCAGUCAGUAAUAUUUGGUAUUUCAUUACGGCGACACGGUAGUCACGCUAUUAUGGCGGGAGUGUAUGCAUACAGUGCUUUCACGGUUACCAUGUGUUUUCUUGUUAUGCAUUCAUGAAUAAGGACCUAUAAUAAGAUAAGCACUAUCGAUUAAAAGUAACCGUAAAAAUUAGAUAGCAAUGGUUAGUCAACAGACGACAAAUUGGUGGACCUUCAACUCUUUUGAUCUAUUAAUAACUAAUACUUGACCUCAUCGAGGGGGCACGCAUUAAAUAAUCUUUGAAUUCUUAACCUGGCGAACGGUGAACGACUUAUAUUGUAAAAAUGUGGUGCUGAUACAAUUGCAACGCUCAACAUUAUCUAAGUAAAAUGAUCUAUUAAUGGAAAAUGACGAUAUUUUGUACAAUGCUCACCACUUGCGAUAUAGUGCCAGCACACCUGUUGGUUUAUUCAGGUUAUUUUAGUACCUUUUCCAAGAACGGACAAACAGAAUACAUUAUUCUUUAGCAGUAUGCUCACGGCGUUCAAGGACAAGGACUUUACGUAGGGUUGCACAGAAUAUUAUUGUGAUGGAAGAUGGAGGUACCUAUAAAUGCAAUCCAGCAGGAAUGAUUCAGUACAAAUAUUUGACUAUUCUCUAGUGCUGACACGGUGACACGGCUUGUUGCAUGAAAGCAGAGUCAUAAAUCGUACAAAAAUCUAAGAUAACGAUCAACAGUGUGGUUUCGUAUUGUUACUUCUGUUGGAAUUAACUAAUUCGCAAGCAGUUUGUUAAAGCCCUUCAUGACGAUAUGGGGAAGCUGAACAGCAUCAAUAAUAGAAAUCGUAAAAGAUGGUUUCUUGAUUACAUCGAUGGUGGAUUUAGUGAAAGAGAGAAAUCUAUAUCCCAACCAAACCUCGGCAGGCUUGAUAUAGUUGGUGUACUGAACUAUCCCUUCCGAGACCGCUUUGGCUAUAGUUACUCCCACGAAUAUAUUUCUGUCGAUGAUUUGAAUUAUUACCGCAAACGGCGACCGGAUUGUUAUGCUGCUGGAAAUCUCAAAAGUCAUUUUGCACUCUACAAUCAUUCUGAGCCUGCUGUUUCCUAUGCUUCUUGCAAAACUGAAUAUAGAAAUCACUUCCAAGAAUAUGAUUAUGAGCCAAGGCCACCGCUUGCUAGGAGACACACAACUCUUAGAAUAGAAUCUGGAAUUAUGAAUAGAAAAUCGGAAAAUCGAUCAAUGUUUUUAGCAUACAGCAAGGAAUCUAUUGCCAAAUCACGCCCGCCACCUAUUAAACAUUCUGAAAACUUAAAAGCAUUUGAAGGCAUUACCAAGCCUUCAGAAUGUUCUGAAUAUCGUUCAUCUUUUCUUCCUUACAAAUUAACAGACUUUUUGAAUAACUCAAAGAACUUAAUAAAGAGAAAUAGUAAAAUGGUAAAACUUGAUGUGAAUGAUGUGAGUUGCGCAGAUUCUACGUUACACAACAAAAAGAAAUUUGAGAACACAAGUUUGAAGCUCCCAGAUAAAACUAUGCUCGAACCAGAGUAUAAAAAUAAGUACAUUGAGUAUGCAAUCGAAAAAUCUCAAUCAACCCCACAAUUGAACAACAUAAAAUUCAACGGAAAUUUUGGUGGAAUACCAUCAGAGUACAAAGAGUGUUACAAAAGUUAUGAUAAUUUCACAAAAAGUGCUCCAAUAAAAAAAAUGGAUAAUCUCUGUUUAAGCGGGAUGCUUGAUUAUACUCCAGAAUAUACGCAUCGUUUCCAAAAUCCAUUGUCAAAACGAUUUGAACGCUCUUCGUAUCUUAAGCGAAAUGACAAUCUAUAUCUCGAUGGAGAAUUUAUCAAUAGAAUGCCGGAGUAUUGUAGCAGCUAUCAAAAUCCUAAUAUUACACAAAAACCAGAGAAAGCAAAACCGGAGGAUACGAUAUUACAUCUUGAUGGAGGCAUGAGCUAUGACCCUUUAUACAGAUGUUCGUACAUUGAUUUUCCCAGAAGGCGUCCUAUUAGUAUAAAACCAGAAUCGAACAUUAAAAUAGCAACAUCUGACUUAUUUGAACACGAAGUUGGGAAUGGAAGAACACCACGUUCGAAACAUCGCAGUAAAAUACCUGUACGAAAUCAGCAGCAUGCCUCAAUGGAGAAUGAAUUGAUUGAGUUCACUUCUCAACCUGAGUACCGAAAAGCAAAACGUGAGAUCCUCAUAAAAGUUAGACCCGUGUCAUAUCCUCAAAAAAGCAUUCUGGCACAGAAGAUUCUUGAUGAGAAACACAAUGUAGGAUUGCCUCAAGAUGGGUAUAAUGUAUCGACAAAAGUUGUUGGUGACGGUGUUAAUCACAAACUUUCGGAGAAGAGUCCAACCUUCAAAUUUAUGUUAGAUAAAGUUGAUGAAGAUAAUAUGAACAAAAAUUUCGAUGGAAGUAGCGGGAAUCAUAAAAAUAAUGAUCUUAAACUAUCGCGUUUCGGGAAUGGUAAAAGCGUUCCACAAUGGAAUCAAUCGAAUAUUAUUGAAGCUAACGCAAGCUACGCAAAAAAAGUCGGUGAUCAGUAUCGUAAAUAUCACUUCCGAAAAUAGGGUUGCCACCUCUGGAGAGGCUUUGACCCGGAGAUUUUCACUGACCUGGGGGGUGGUGAAUUUUGAUUAGAACGAGAUUGAAAUUGGAAUCAAAGCGAUUGUUCGGCGGUUUAGAGUGCUUUAAUCGCUUUUUAUAACUACGUUAAAGCUGUAAAUUUUUUACGUUUGAGAAUGAUUUCAUCGGUUUAAUCUGGUGUAAUAUUUCACUUCCCCGCCUAAGUGUCAGGAAUACAAAAACACCAGCUACUCUCACUGUGGAGGAUAAGUCGCACGAGCAUCGUUCUCCUCCACAACUAACAGGAAAAGGAGGCAGGGCUGCGGCAUCACAUGGGAAGCACUAUGUGGUGUCGGUUAUUCAUUACCAGAGGUCGCAACAAAAGGGCAAAACAGGGGGCAACCCCCUACCCAACACACAAGGGUCGUUGCAGGAGUUGCAACAACACCGGAAGAACUCGUUUAAGGUUGACCUAGUCAGUAGGAUUAGAAGAAAUCUGCCAUACCUUGGUGCAGCAGGUGAUAAGCACCACUAACAGUGAAGUGAUUAGGUAAAAUUUGAAGCAAAAUAACUUUUUUACACAAUUUUAUGCGUCUUAAUAGAGUGCAACAUUUCAAUUGUAGCAUAUAGCGAAAUAUUACUUGCCUUAAAUUAUAGUAAAUUUUAUAUGUUUUUCGUUUUCAUUACUUUGUGAAUCAAAUCAACAAUAUUUGGUGAACUCAUCUUCGCCACAUUGAAACGAAGGGUUCGUUGGGAAAAAUAAUUCUGAACAAGAGUAAUAGUUAACUAUGACUUUUUGAAUAUUUUGUAAAGAAUCAAUUCCAAAAAAAUUGAUACUAUGCUUCUUCCAACCAAACCCGGAGAAAUUGAUGUAAAACCCGGAGGCCCGGAGAUCGCUCCAGAAAACCGGAGUCUCCGGGUCAAACCCGGAGGGGUGGCAACCCUAUCCGAAAAGCUGGUGAUAACGCAUGCACUCAACGUACUAUAACACCCCAAUCAUUUUUGGUCCUGAAUGCUCCAAUGAAGCAAACAAAUAGGCACUGGUUAGAUCCUGCAACAAUUAAUGAUUCUCAGAUGUGUUAGAUAAGGAGUGAGGUAAACUAAUGCCUAUUAUAAAUAAUUUAUACAUAAGUACACUAUACAAAUCCACAAAUUUCAGGAAGCGCAGCAUAAUUCUAAAAUUAUGUAGAUGAUUGGUUUUUGAUACCUUGUUUGACAUAUUUUUUUCAGAAACGUCAAGAAAAUAAAUGCUGUUAAAUUUUCUGCACAAACCUCUUCGCGUAGUUCAAAGAUGAAGAAGACUAACGCGUUAGUCGAUGUUUGCGACUGGGCGCUUAUUAAUUUGAAUGAAGAAAAAAACAAUAAAAGCAAAAAAAGUUUUGUAGCAUAUUUCUUUCCCUUCUCUUAAAUGUUUAGCUCAGAUGCAUUGUAAGCAUGGUGUUUCGAAUGCAAGAGUACACACAGAAAAAAGAUUUGUACGUUCAAUAAAUGUAUGGAUUAAAUUCAAUAAAUAAAAUUAUUGGUCGGGAGCUAGGGGCAGAUCACUCUAGGAAUGUAUAAAAAAAAUUGCAUCAAAUUAGAAAAAAUGCAUUUAUUUGCAUCAACUUUGCACUCCCUCGCAGAAAAGUUUGUUCAAAAAACGUCCUACGCUGAUCCACUUUGACGUUUUGCUGAAUGUAGGGCUUUGACGUCUUACACGCAACUCAAAAGACAUUGCACGCAACGCAAAAUACAUUAUGAACUUCUAUUUUGAUGAAAAUAAAUGCAUUUAAUUUCGCUGAUUUUUAAAAAUGCAUCAUAAGUGAUCUGCCCCUAGGUCGGGAGACAAUAAAUUUAUUUAUUGAAUUGAACAAAAAUAUUAUUGUUUCAAUUAAAAAUAUCAUUUCCUUUUUUAAUAUUUUUU